GCUCUCACCUGAUCUGAUAACGCCCCUGUUUUGCCUUUGAAAACACAACAUAAUCACAUGGAAUGGUUUGGACGUAUCACUUUACUAUUACAUUGAAUUGGUGAAUAUCAAAUAGAAACUUCAUUCACAUGGUUUUUAGCAACUGGCGUGGACCAACUAUAGACCUAGAUGACAAGUAGUCUAUAGUAUAAGCCUAAAGGUUAAAAAUCAACAAAAAAGACAAUCAGGGAAGGGACUUCAAGCGCCAUGGAUUUUUCAAAUUCAACAAACACUGUCUCUGGGACAAAGAAGGCAACAUACAUGUACGAACCACUUGAGUUACACUGGCUUAUUCUUGGAGGAAUCGCAAUGUCAGCUCUGCUACUGACAAAUUUAGGUGGCAACUUUUUGACAAUGUUGUCAUUUUGUCUUGAUAAGAAGCUACGGAUUGUUAGCAACAUGUACAUAAUCAACCUUGCCGUGAACGAUAUUUUGGUCGGUGUAGUCAGCAUUCCGUUAUAUGGAACUUCAAGUCUUCUCAACCAUUACUGGCCGUUUGGAUAUCCUAUGUGCAAAUUCUAUAUUAUGGUGGAUUUUAUUGCAUGUGCAGGAUCAUCUACAUCCAUCAUGUUAAUCAGCUAUGAUAGGUAUCUCCUCGUGACCGAAGGAAUAAACUAUUCUGUCAAACAAACAAAAAGGAAAGCAGGGAUUAAAAUUGGCAUAACUUGGGCUGUUAUUCUUCCGAUCUACGGGACCUUCACACUAUUUUAUGAUACUUUCAGAGGAUAUUCGAUCGCUGUAGCUGGAGACUGUAACGAAGAAUUCGCCAAUGAUGAAAUAUUCAAUAUAUUUUUAUCCACAUUUGAGUUUCUUAUACCGCUUAUUUUCAUAACCUUCCUCAACUUUAGAGUCUAUCACAAUAUUCACAAAAGGACGAAAGCAAAAGUCGGACCAAUGGAGAAAACAAAAGAAAUCUCAACAAUUAGUGGUAGUGGGUCAAUGCAGCCAAAAGAAGAGAACGCCUCACAUGUCAGAUUACUAAAGCGUGACAGGCGUGCAGCAAGAUCCCUGGCCGCUCUUGUUAUCAUAUACUUCGUAUGCUGGGCACCGUAUACCAUUUUCACUGUCCUAAUAUCAUUAAAUGACCAAUAUUGGAAUGAGGACGACUAUUUCAUGCCAUACGAGUCCGUGAUUUGGUUAUUGUGGCUCAAUUCUUCAUUGAAUCCAAUCAUGUACGCGUUGACAGUGCCAGCGUUCAAACGGUCAUACAAAAGGAUUCUGUGUAAGUUAUGGCGAGGAAAGGGCUACAAUGCUCGACGUGACAGCGUAGGGGAGUCAGUAUGUUGAUAUUUGAUAUUCUUAUAUAUGUUGAUAUUCAUGUUGUGAGAAAUAGCGCAGUGGUUUAUCAGAUCGGCUAAUGUAUGUUUUCAUCUCACGAGGUGGUAGGUUUCAACAAGAAAAACAACAAACGAUUCUAAAUUAACAACAGACGACUUGACUUCAUCAAAGUUCUCGCUGCCUUGUGCACUUGUCCUUGUUAUGUGUACAUUAGAUCAGUCAGACUUGACUUCAAUGCUGUGGCAAAGAAGCCAGAUGUAUCGACAAAAC